CUUUGUUGUGUUUACUAUUUGCGUAGGCUUGUUAACCUUAGAGCGGCGAAGACUUCGGUAAAUAAAAAGUGCCAGUGUAAAUAUGUGUUUCGAAACUUUUAUUUUAUGAAAUAAAUAUAAGUGAGAUGUUUAUAAGCGUUUUGUCAGCUGAAGUAAAUUUUUUGCCGUGUUCGUAGUGCCAGAUUUCGGUGAACUUGAAACCAUGGAUGAAGCCAACCACGUGCUGGUGUGUGCAUCAGAGUACAUUAAGGACCGGCUGUAUUUCGCAACUUUGCGUGAUGUAUCCCCGCCCAAAUCGACGUCCAAUACGCAUUAUUUUUGCAUUGACGAAGAGUUUGUUUACGAGAACUUCUACGCAGAUUUCGGUCCCUUGAACUUGGCCAUGCUGUACCGAUACUGUCAGAAGCUGAACAAGAAACUGAGGUCCUUCGCGCUGGCGAAGAAGAAAAUCGUACACUACACGGGGAUGGACGGUCAGAAACGUGUGAAUGCGGCCUUCCUCAUAGCAUCGUAUGCCAUUAUAUAUCUGAAGAGAACCCCAGAAGAGGCGUACAGGCCCUUGAUCGGAAGCACAAGUCCGCCGUUUCUACCUUUUAGGGACGCAUCUGUUGGAAUCUCAGUGUAUCACAUAACAUUGCUCGACUGUCUUCAUGCUGUGUAUAAAGCUCUCAACUUGGGAUUCUUCAAUUUUGAAGACUUUGAUGUUGACGAGUAUGAGUAUUAUGAGCGAGUUGAAAAUGGUGACCUUAACUGGAUAUUGCCACAGAAAUUUAUUGCUUUCUGUGGACCUCAUGCCAAAAGCAAGAUAGAAAAUGGGCACCCACUGCACUCUCCAGAGUCGUACUUUGCUUAUUUUCGUAGGAACAACGUGACUACCAUAGUCAGGCUGAACAAGAAGAUAUAUGACGCGGCCCGUUUCGUAGAUGGGGGAUUCGACCACAAAGACUUGUUCUUCAUCGAUGGCAGCACUCCCAGUGACCCGAUCCUGAGGCAGUUCUUGAUGGUCUCGGAGAACGCAAGAGGUGCACUGGCAGUCCACUGCAAAGCAGGACUGGGAAGAACGGGCUCGUUGAUUGGUUGUUACAUAAUGAAACACUACCACUUCACAGCCCACGAAGUGAUCGCGUGGAUCCGUUUGUGCAGACCGGGCUCCAUCAUCGGCCACCAGCAGCAGUGGCUGGGCGAGAAGCAGUCCCAGAUGUGGCUGGACGGAGACGUGUGCAGCAAGACGCCCGCGAAGCACGUGUUCGGCAUCUACAGCAUCAAGUACAAAUCGCCAGCCUACGGAUCGGCGACAGAAAAGCCGACCGAUAACGUUUCCCACAUCCUGAAGCAAGUGGACACCAUGAAGCUGGACGACUGCAAGGAUGAGAACAAGAACGAGAGGACGUGUCAUCGCAGCGCGGGUGCGUUCACAGAGACGGCGGAGGACCAGCCCUUGUUGGUCAUGACGCAAGGGGACCGGCUGAACCAGAUCAAGGCACAGCGACGGCACCCGAGGUCCAUGACGACCGGGGCCGUGCACUCGGCAGACGGGCGCGUGCACACGAGGGCCAAGUCCCAGCCGUUCCGGACGGUGCCGAGCAGGGCCGUGCAGCACGCCCUCUCCCCGCUGAAGGCGACCAAGGUGAGCGCCGUGAUCGUCGCCGCCCACAAGGAGAAGGAGGCGGCCGCGGCGAAGCGCACGUCUCGCGUGGGCUCCGCCGUCUCGCGGAGCAGCAGGACUUCGUCUCGGGUGUACAAGAGUACGUUCGUCAGAUGACUAGCCAGGCUGCCGCCCCCCGCCAGCUGUCCCGAGGACUCCUCCGCGACCAUCAGCCCCUUGCGAGCCGGGGGGGUGCCGCUCGGGGGGCAGCAGGCCACCUCGUCUGCUCUAGAGGACCCCGGGACCACCGUCGCCCCCCUCACGUGCGUCAGGCCCGUGCUGGGGGCCGGGCGCCAGGCCUCCCGUGAGCUGGCCGUGAGGGGACGCGCCAAGCGCUCCCUCAGUAUCGGCCAGGGCAAGAUGGAGCCACGUGCCCGGGAAGCCACCGUGAGUGCCGUGCUCCCGGAUGAGGUGCCGUCACGGUUGGAUUCUGCUAAAAAAUUCCGAGCCUUGGACUCUGACCCUGCUAAAAAUAGCAACAUUUUCAAACACAGAAUGGUAAAGUGUACGACUGUCACGAGUAUACGCAGAACCACAGUACACAACUCCAAAAUACUGAGAAGGAAAAAAGGCUUGAACAAAUGUGUGGAUUGAUGGCGCUCUAGAUUUCCAUUUAUGAGCUGCCAGGCGUCCCAUUUGGUGGAAAUCUCAUUUGGUUCUCAAUGUUUUAAUCUGAAUAUUUUGUACUUGUACUUAUAUAAUGUUUUUAUAUAACCAAAUUGCACUUUUUGGUGUAAGAAUUUUUUGUAGUCAUUUUCUACUUUGCAACACAACAUUCUCCUUCCAAAAUUAAGCCUUUUGCUCACUAAUUUAAUAACACUUGCACAAGGCACUAAAGAGUUUCUAGUUUUCUUCACAUGUUUACUAAUUCACUAGUAUUUUAGCAACGUUGCUUGCCAGCCAAUAUUACUUUGAAAGUUUAUUUAAUUGUACUCUAAAUAGAUUUAUUUCAAUAGUAUGCAGAAUUUGGACUGGUAUUAAAGGUGCGAGAAUGUUGUUGAUUUUUGCACCUAAGAUAUAAUUAAUAUAAGACCUAGGAGGACCUAACUAUGUUGACAGAGGUUUUAUUAUUAAGGAUAUGAAAUUACUAUAUUAAUUGAUGUUAUAUUUACAAAUAAAUGAUUAUUUAUGGUGUUGAUGCAUUGCAGUUAACUUUAUCUAACGAGAAAUUGUUAUGAAAUGCAGUGAAGAAACAAUUUUUUCGAGAGCACAUGUGUAUUCUGGACGGGACGCUAUUUUCAGGUCCGGAGCUUUGGCAAUGAUGUAUUGAUUCCUGUUUAGUUGCGAGUGUUUUUUGCUGAUGGCUCGUUUUUUGUGCUGAAUCUGGUGACACCGUGACUGAAAUAGGUUGUGCUCGUACGCGAAUGUCCGUAUAAGGCUGAUGCUACUCUGGAUCCAUUGGUGGGAAUAGAUCACACAUGGUUAUUAUCUUUAAUUAUAUACAUGUAAUGAAUUGUAUUGUACAUAGACAUAUAUAUUAUUAUAUUAUAUUAUAUUAUAUUAUAUUGGUGUGCUUUAGCAAAACUUAUAAGUGAUGUUUGUAACAGAAUUAUCAGACCAUAAUGCAAUAACAGGAGUAAAUUAAAUUUUUUUUUUUGUGUCUGAGUAAAUUUUUAUUUUGUGUUUGCGGAUUGUAAAUAAAUUUCAGUUAUGUAAGUUUUUCCUCUUGGUCAGGUGCUUACCCAAGAAAAAAAAUACCUAAUGCUUUCGUACUCCGUAAAGUCACUUCCUUGGCACUGGCUAAAAAAAAAAAAAAAAAAAAAACUAAAGGUGAAUGUCUACAUGCCUUGACUUAACAGGGCCUAAAUGUAAUUUAUGUUUCUUGUCUGGCACCAGUUGACGGUGAUCUUUAUUUUAUUUAGGCAAACAAAUAUAUUGUUAUGCUAGUAUUUGUCCUUAAGGCCCGUCUACAAUAGCAAUGUCCUAAACUGUGUCCGAAGGACACUCGCCGCUGAUUGGUCCACGUGACCCUCUGACGUAAUGCGUCAAGUGGGCGAAGGUCUGAACCUACCUGGUCCGAAGACAUUCGUCAAUUUGAACUUUUUGUCCCAACCUGUGUACUUCGGACACAGAAAAAGAACAGAACACUCACGAUAUUUGAAUUUCCGGUUCCCGUUUGAAACGUGGUGUUUGUUUUUGUUAAAUAUCUGAAUAAAUAUAUAAUAUUCAACUCCUACAACUUUCAUAAGUUCAAUCUCAAACUACAAAACAUCAAAACAAUAAACAAAAACAUUUGGUUUGGCACAUUUACUGCGCUCCGGUAACAACUUGAGAAAUUAAUACAUUCCGACAUCGGACAUCGCAAUUGUGGACAGGGCAGUUUUCGGUGAGACAAUGUGACGUUACUCACAUUCGGAUAAGGACACGGACCACGACAGGUUCGGACUAUUGUAGACGGGCUCUUAUAUAUAUAAAUAUACAGUGGAGUCCCACUAAUCCGAACCCUGUUAAUCUGAAUCCUGCUCAUCCGAACAAGUUUCAGAUGAAAAAAAUUAUUUGUUAUGUAUUUUAAAAAUUAUUUGUUUUGUGUUUUAAAAAUUAUUUUUGAUGUCUUGACCCAAUUAUCAACAUGAUUAGUAAAUUUUUUGUUCUUAAAAGUGUUAUAGGCUGUAUUACGUGAUAACUUAUUGCUUCUAAAUAUAUAUUUUACUAUACAUUACGGUAUUUAUUCAGCUAAUUCAAAAAUUGGUGUAUUCCAAACAGGUCUCAGUUUGAUUUAGUGGGACUCUUCUGUAUAUAUAGUGCAUCAGACUUCAACAGGUAUUUUUGUGGCUUGUUGUGUAUCUAGCACAAUAGCUUUACAGUGUAUUUCUGUUAUCUGAAUGUUUGCGUUGUGCUUGGUUUUUGCCCAUGUAUGUGCCAUACUAGUAGUAGUUGUAGGCAUCAAAUAUGUGGGAUCAUUACAUGAACUAUGAAAGUUGAUCAUUACAUGAACUAUGAAAGUAUUUGGAGUUCAUUUUGUAGCAUUAUGGAAUUUUUUUUCGUAGCAGAUAACUUACUGUAAGUUUCUCCUGCGCAGAAAGUCAUUUUUACGUGUGUUAUAACAUUUUGUGGUGUGCAGUUAUUUUUUUAUCAAAGGAGUGAAAAUUAGUAAUUUUCCAUUUGGCCUUCUUGUUUUAACAAUUUUAACUGUGAUUAUUAAUAUAAAACCGUAAGUUUUAACUUGUGAAGUGAAAGAAUAAUUUUUAAAGGUACCUAUUCCUUUUUGUGGUAGUGAGCUCAUAUAUGUAAUUUUUUUUUAUUGUAAUGAUUAAGGAAUUAUGGUAUAACAAUAACUUUGAUGUAGAAUGCAUUGUAAUGCAUUUAUGAAAUGUUGAUAUUUAGAUGUGUUAAGUAGUUUAUUUUUCAUGUAUGUGGCUUAAAACUCAAAAUGUAAUCAAAUGUACAAAACUUAACACAUUGAUAACUUACCAUAUCCAUGUCCCUACUUCAUAGUUAGUUCACUUCACUAUCACUCAUAAUUUAACCAAGAAAGAAAUUGUAAUGUGUAUAAAAUUCUUAUAGGCCCUAUAUUUAAUAUACUUGUAUAUAACGUUUCCACUAGUUGUACAGUUUGAUCAAAUGGCCUUUGAGUGCACAUUAACAUUUUUGCCUUAGGUUCUCAUGAGUAAAAUUUAAUUCACCGCACUGGCUUGGUGUGGUAAAACUAAUUUUUUAUAUGUGCUGUGUUUACAUGCAAGUGACAUGCCAGUAUUUGGCAGUGAGUUAAUUAUGAAAGAUUAUGUUGUAAACAUAAAGUUCGCUCCCAGUAAUAAGUGUCAAACUAGUGAAUUAGCUUGUUAAUAGUAAGUAUUUUUAUUAAGUCACAAUUUAUGUCAAACUUUGAUAAUAUAAGCUACCAGUGUAAACAAUAUUAACUAGUGUUUGUUGCCUUAUAUUUAUAUUCAUAUAUGUGUGUUUUCUAGGAAGACAGUUUUAAUGUUGUUUAGAACCUGUGUGUUUUGGUAGAACUGUACCAUGGUGGGAAGAGACGGAGGCGAGACCUUUCAGAAAGCCUGAGUCCCUGAUUGGCUGAUUUGUCGUCAUACCUGACCAGUACCAUGGGUUUACGAGGUAGUGUGGACACCACACAUUCAGAAUUAUUGAAAUUAAAAUCCAGCCUAACAAGUUUGUGGUGAAUGUACCCCUUAUUAUUUAAAUGAGAGUUAAAUUAUGCAUGUCAGAGAACAAAUUUUUUUUAUGGAACGGAAGACUAUGAACGGAAAUGUGUCAAAGUUGGCAGACCCACGUCCAGCUACAUAAACCUGUUUAUAGUCACUUUCGUAAACAUUAGGGUACAUACCAAACAUAUUCGGGUGCCAAAUGUAACUUUAUGAUAUUGCAACUACCCCGGAAGUUGCAGAUUACUUACUUACAGUAGAACUUGAGAUUAGUAUAUAUUAUGACGAUUUAAUAUAGUCAUAGUAUAAAAUAGUCAUAGUCAUAGUAGGCCCUAUAAAGUAAUCUCAAGUUUUAAAAUACCUAAGAAAACUGGCAUUACAAUGAUUAUAAUACAUUCCUAAAGUCCCAAGAGACUUUUUAGCGCAGCGGUAGAGCGGGCGCUUGCUACUUCAAGGGGCUUAAUUCAACUCUGAUCAUUGGAAUAAUUAUUUUUUACUUAUUUUAAUAAAAUAAAAUAAUUGUAAGUCAGCUCAGUAAUAUUAAGGUUUGUUUGUAAUAAUUAUUUACAGACUGAGUAUAGUCAUUUAAGCAAAAACAAAUAUGCAAACACUUAGUGUUUUGGAUUCUUAUUUAACAUUGUUUAAUUUAAAAACUUGUACGGAAAGUGGGGCCUAAAAAAUUAUUUGCCCCCCGGACCCUUAGUGUCUCUCGACUGCCAUGUUUUUAACCCCACUUUGAUGACGCUUUUCUGUGCUUUCGGUCAAGCCGCGGAGAGCGUUGUUCUUGGGAUUGAGGCAACACAGCAGGGUAGCUAGUUUCAAGGGGAAAAAUGGCAAAACCCAGAGGAGUUUGAGAAAUGUCUAAUUUCAGGAGAGAUCAGAGAGUAGCCGGGGAUUUAUAAAUUAGGACAGGGUAUUAAAAUCAAAAAGCAUAAUUUGCCACGUGAUCCCUGAAUUUAUACUUGUGAUUGUCUUCGAGUUAAUUUUUCGCUAUAAACAUUGAUGUCAUGACAUUGGAGAAUCUGUAAGGACUAAGCUGUUAGUGUUUUAAUCCUUGAGAAAUUUUUUUAUGAAGUGGUAAAACAUUUGUAAUAGUUGAUUUUCAUAUAAAUAUUAAAUGUUUAGGUCAGGGAAAAAUUAUAAGAGACAUCGAGAAGUCUGAAGGGGUUUGCGAGCCACCAUGGUUACGUUUAUGGUUAUUUAUUAAGCUCUGUGAAGACCAUUUGUUUAAUUUUUUUCAAGAGUCUGUUAAAAUGAUCCGUUUGUAAGUCAGCGACAAAAGCUAGUUACGGUGCCAGUCACUGCCACGGGAUCAUUGCAAGAGGAGCAUUGCUCUCUCAACUGUGACUUUGUAGAGCUUGCCCGAGACGUGGGUGGCAUGUGUAAGGUACCGCCUCUUGUUCUUCCGACCGCUGUAGAGUACUUCGUGUAUUGCGUGAUGUGUAACUAAUCUGCUGACGUACUCCUACCCUCCGAGUGACACGUUCACUGUGCAUUGACGUGUCUUUCCAAAAUGCUGGAGGCGUUUUCUGUCAUGUCUCACACAGGCCAAAGCCUCCAGAACCUGUGAGGAUGGCAGUCUGAAACUGGUGAGUCGUGUACCGUUAUCUUGCGUUGGUUAUUGGUCAUAUUACACUGUUUCCUUAUUCCUCAAAAGCUGUGGGUUACUUUCGGCAAUUGACGUAAACGUAACAACACUGAAGUGAGAAGUGAACAGUAACAGUGCUGAAAUUCAAAAAGUUAAAAUUUCCAUCAGCCUAUUUUUAGUUUUCAUUUUAGUUUUGAUGCCUUUCAUCAGCACAAGCACACUGGCAUCUGUUAUUACAGAUUACAAAUUAUUUUGUUGUUAGCUUUUCAGAAGUGUAUGUCAUACUUCAGCCAACAAAUUACAUUUCUAAGGCUCCGAAAAGGUUGAUAUUAUGGGAGUAUCCCAAUGAGCGAUUUUCAAGUUGAUUUUUUUUUUUUUUUUUAAUGUUGUGCAACUGUGAUUGUAAGUGCUUAAGUGUGAGUGAAAAUAUUUUUGAAAUCUUUAAUAAGUGUUAAUGAUAAAUAGUGAUAAACUUCCCACUUGUUUUACAGUCCUUUCUGUAAUUUUCUGUGGUGACAAUAUUACACUUUUUGAAUUCACCUGUUUUUGUUUACAGUCGUAAUGUCGGUUCUUAGUCAAAAUUGUGCCAUUACAUUUUGGAAAGACUCCCGACAAAGCCAGUCCCUGUUGGGUGUUGUAACCAUGUAACCUGUGUAUUGGGACACACAGCCGUGGACAUUCAAUAGACGUGAGCAAGCCAGUGAUCCAGUGAUGAGUGCCCUGUUGUUUGUGGCUUGGAGACUGUGCUCUGUCACCCAGUAUCAGUUAUGUCAGUAUUUUAUUUUUUCUGCGCUGUUGGGGAUGUUAAUAUUUCCCUCCCCUUUCGCCCCCUCCCGUGUAGUUUGUUUUAGGUUGUGAGGCUGUGUAACAUCAGCCAUGUUAAAUUUCAGAAUGACUAGCAGUCAUAUUUAAUUUCUUGCUACUAUGUUAGGAACAGGGAACAGAAUAUGAAUGUUAUUGUGCGUGCUGCCUUUUUUUUUUUUUAAUUUUUUUUUGAUAACGUGCUGUUCCUCAUUUGACCGAAUGUACAUAGUAAAGUUUCUAAAGUAAAUGCACAUCUUGGCAGCAUUGAAUAUUAAGGCAGGGUUUUGCAUCACAGUGCUGUGCCAGAGGAUUAAAACUAUGGGACCUCAGAGCUCACAGUGGGAUUAUUACCACUUGGAUGUACUGACUCGUUGCUCAUAAACUUGAUUCUCUCUGGGUGUUGCAAUUGAACCCGAGCGUGACAUGGAGCGAUCAUAGAAACGGAGGACUUCUUGGUGUGUGUCAGCCAGUAGGAAGUGUUAGCUUGUCAGGAAUAAACCGUUUCACUUUCACCAGUUUUUUUUUUGCUCAGAAAUCUUUUACAAUAAUAUGCUCUCAGUUUCCUUUGGGUGAACAGUGGUCUAGACAAUGCUUCAAUCAGUGUUAUCUUGUCCUUACUUACACCCAUACAUUCAGUUAUUUAUAUCCUAAUUGUAGGUUGGUUUCUCUGGAACAUAAAAAGUAUAGUGAUUGGGAUAGAAUGCGUAAGUUUUUGCACCCAGACAAACUUCUAACAUUUCACACAUUUAUGGUGGAAAGUUUUUGCUGUAACUUUGUUUUAUUUAACUAGCAGCACAAGCUUUUCCUGGCAAUAUUUUUUCUGUGGGCCUAGACUUUGUAAUGAAUUACAUCCUAGUUGUAAUGAUAUUGUUUUGGAAAAUUUUUGUUGUUGGAGUGCUGAGGAGUGUAAUGGUUCUUUUAGCUAUGCAAUCGGCUUUCGGCAUCCUUCAGAUAAUCCGGCACGUUUAGGUCUUUGCAGAUCCCGGAUUAUCAAGCGUUAUCUCCUGCGAUCGCUAAACUUUAAGUUGUAGAGCAAAUGAACCUGUAAGAUAGUGUUUGGCAGCAAAUCUUGUCCAGCGUGAACAUACAGACAAACAUUUCAACACAACCACAGGCCAUAACUAAAUUCACUAUCAUCGACUGCUGAAGAAGCACGAAGCACAUCAAUCACAUCCUAGCGAUCCCAAACUGUGCCAAACGCUUCCGACUAGUCCCGGGUCAUGCGAACACUUACGACUACCACUUACGUGCGUGCUUUAAGAACGUUUUUAACCUGAGCUGAAUUAUAGGGUUUUAGCUUGAGUUCGCUUAGUUGUUUUAAGACCACAUUCGUCACUGGUCCUGGAUCGUUGAGUGCCGGACUAUGGGAGUCUACUGUACCUGCUUUUCCAGGAUGUGUGGACUUUAGGGGGGGUGCAACUUUAUAGGUAAUUAUUUUAUACUUAAGUUGGACCCUGUUAAACUUUAUUUUUUUAAUGGUUUAAAUGAAAAGCAAAUAUGUUGCAUACUUUUGCAUAAAUAGCUACUAAAAUAACAUUUUUAAUGUUUUUGGGUUAUUCAAAUACUGAAAAUUAAAUAUAUUACAGUACUGGAAAAUUGUAUGUUUAAAGGGAAUGAUACAGGCUACAUGAUAUGGUCUUGAAUUUUCUUCAGAAAAAUUUAUUUAAUUUUACCAAGCCAUUCAAAAUUUUUAAAUUUGUGAUUUUGACGCCUUGAAAUUCACCUGUGCACAUUUUUUCAGUCGAUGUACAAUCAAUUAAAGUUUCAGAUUUUGAAACAAAUUUUACGUUGUCAUCUGUGCUUUGUUGAGCAAUUUAUUGUAGUGAGACAGAUAAAUCCUAUGAAAAUUAUAUAAUCGAACGACCGUUGUUCAUUGAGCUUUAUGCAAGUUGUGUCUGGGUGACAAAAGGCUGAAAAUACAUUAAAUAUGUAUGCUUAUACUUACUGAUGUGAAAAGAAACAAUUAUCUGGAUUAAUUUUAUUAUCACUUUCAUUAAUAAAAAAUAAUAGAGUUAACAUUUUUCCCUAUGUAAAACCUUAUUUCUUCAUUUGGGCAUGUAAUUCUCAUUUUGUUAAUUACUAUAACUGUAUUGUUUUACUGCUCUAAAUCAUGUUCGUUGCCGAAGACCGUUGCACGAUAGCAAACUGUUUGGUUCAUCAUAGUAAGCAGUCCAGUUUGAACAAACUUUCAUGUGAACAGUCAGCAGCAGGAACAGUGUGUCAUACUGAAGGGCUGUAGAGUCAACCAGUCCAUGAGAAUCUCGUAGAAAUUGCGCAAUGAGAAACCAUCAUGAUUUGAGCUGUGAUGAUGGAUAACGGCAUGCAAGCACAUUUCCCACGUCUUCCUGUGACAUUUAUUGCUAAGAAAUCGGGCAGAAACCUCCAAGUGAUAUGCCAACUGGCCUUCGAAUUCUUCCACGGCUUAGAAUGAUAAAUUACAGCUGUUAUUGAUCUCAAUGACAAGUGUUGGUGACUGAUUUUUGCAUCACAUAAGUUUUUCAGUUUUUGCUGCCUACUAGCCUAAGAAACUUAUACGCAGGUUGCAGGAAUACAACCUUUAAAAUUGUUAAGUACUGAAGCUGUGAGUGUUGCAAUUCCUGUUGUAUUAAUUAAGGGAUUAGUAUUUUUAUCACUGUUACAUGUGUUACCCAUUUCUGUUGAAUGAUCAGAUAUUUGUUGUUUUAUUUAGUUUGAAAGUAAACAAAUUUCACAACUUUAUUUUGAAGUGGGUAUGGCUCUUUUAGGAAUCACCGAAUUAAGUUAAUUAUUGCCUGUUUUGGUGCACGAAAUCACCAAACGGUAUUAAAAAAUGUAAAAUCAGACGUCACAAAAAAUAGAGGCAACAUUCUCUGCCGUAUGUAAAUAGGGGGAAAUUGGAGUGUGUGUUUGAGUCCUGAAAGUGAGUCAAAUGCAUCAACCAUUGUCCUGUUGGUGAGCUCUAGUUGAUGAUGGAGAGUUUUGUCUCAGUCAGCGUUAUCUGCAGUUCAGAGAUCUCAUGUUAUAAAAAAUGUUUGUAAUGUUUGAAGAAAAGUGUGCCUGGGGUCCAUGUGUGACAGAGGUGAAACUUCUUGCUUGUUAGGUGUAAAUAGAGAUAAAUCAAUGACAUUUUUAAUCACAUUGUUCACAUAAAAAUGAAUGAUUCUUAUAAAGUAAAUUGUACAAAUCAAAAAAUAUAUUGUAACUUCAAUCGUUAACGAUUACAAAAACUGAGGAAUAGACAAACACAAGCAGUGUUACGAGAAUUUCGUAGCAUCACUGCUACGUCAUUUCUACCUCUCCCCUUCCCAGCAUAUAGCAUGCUACGCUACGUGCCUAUCCCCCCCCCCCCCCCCCCCCCCACCUUUUAUUUCCAUCUUCCCAUUUGACCGCUGGUGCAUCACCGCUGAUGCACUCUCCUCCUCUCAGUUCCCCUCAUACGAUCAAAAUUUUCGUAACACUCAAAGAUUGUUAGCCUCACAGCAAAGAAGUUUCGCUUGAUAAAAAAAAAUCUUUUUAGAAUGUUGCCCAUGUUGUCCAAGAUCAGUAACACUUUCUUCAGAUUUGAAGUUAGCCAAGGUGAAAGUUUUGUAUGAGAAUUUUAUUUUAUCUUUUGUAGAAAGCAUUUUGUGUUUAUUUUUUUUAUGUGUCUUUGUUUAUGAAGUGAGCUUUAUUCACAGAAUAUUUUAUUGUAGAUUUUAAUUAUUGUGUUAAAACUUUAACUGGGGUAAAAACCAACUGGAUAUGCAGUAAUAUUUUAACUGUAAUGUUUAUGAUUAUGAAUUUACUUAUUUAAUGUGAUCACAUUUAUGAAAUAUUCAUUGAAAAGUUGUUGGAACUCCCUUUGUAAACGUUAGAAUACGUUUUGACGUUCCUUGACGUGUGAUUGUGAAAUUAUGUGUGCUAUUAUGUUCUGCAUCACCAUCGUAGGCUUGCGCUGUGGUGGCAUCUCAAAAGAAUGCUUCGUUUGAAUUUUUUUCCGGACAAUUUUCCGUUAUUUCGAUUGUUUGUGUAUUUUUCUUCACGACACAUCACUUUUAAUGAUUUUCAUUUAUAUUUUAAUCACAGCCCUGUGUGUAACAUAAGACCAUGUAAUGGUGUCUCAAAACGUAGCACCAACUCUGAGAAUGCUCCCUUUGAUGGCUGUAUCCUGUAAAUGUAUUUAGUUCUGCACUACUCGGGAAAAAGACACACCUCCCUCGCAAUGCUUCAUUUUUUAGUGUAAAUUGUGCCAGGUACAUAGCGUUUUGUCCAAUUUCUGGAAAUUCAAGCAAUUUGAAAUUGGUCAGGGAAUUUACUUUAAAACCUGUAAAUCAUAGAAAUUCUUCAGAUACAGUAAUUGGAAGGGGAAAUAUGUUCCUGUGUGUGGCAUCACCUGGACUUUGAACACAUUUUUUUUAGUCUAGAUGGUUAUACACUGUAAAAGGGCAUUGAACUAGUACAGCUAUAGGGAUGGUGGAAGCCUGAUUAUCUUUAUUUGUUUCAGGAUAUUGCAAAAUAGGAAAAUCAUUCAGGAAAUUUGUAAUUCUGGUCAUGACUAAGUCUGGGAAAUUAUUCUACUUUUUUGUGUGGACUUCCUCUAUAGCUUCCGUGGAUAAUCUGGACUCUUGAUGUGCUCUUUCGCAAUUACAGUUCUGUACAGCGACAUUGGAGUAGGAUCCAAGCCACCCGAGAUCCAACUUAGGGCUUGUACCCAGAUGUGCCACACCAGGGUUGGGGACGCAAACCAGAGGUCUUACACCUCCACGUGGAAGUUGCCAAUCUGUGCGUAUGUGAUCUUAAGUGACCUGUCUGCCUUUCCGAAGCACUCUGACCAUCAACCAAUCUCAAGCCGAGUACGGCACUCAAGAUGCUAUACAAUUUCCUAUAGCGAAACAUCUCUUGAAAAGUCCCAUAAUCAGCUCCUCAGUGUUUAAAUGAUUCUGCAAGGUAGAAAUUGUCAACCUCUGCCUGGUGAUGGAAAACAAAUAUUCUUUGACUGAACCUUUGCACAAUCUUGAACCACGCUUCUAAAGUACGCAUAAAUACAGUAAAGGUUUGUAAAAUAAUUUUAACCACAAACCACUCUCAGUUGUUGGAUGUUGACCUAAACAGCAGUUUAGCAGCUUAAAUAUGUCAUUGGCUCCUACCAAGGAUGUGGCAAGAUCAGCUAGCCUUGACUUAACCGCGACGUUCAAAUGUUUACGAUGCAAGUGACGACAGGAAUGAGUCAUCGCUCAUCGGGGCUUAAAACAGACUUAGGCCUAAGUCUGUUUUGAAAUGUUAAAAUAGACUUAGGCCUAUCUCUAUUUUUAAAUGUUAAGCAAUAUCAGCAUUUAGAGAGUUAAUUAGGUAGGAAAUUAUUUUCUUUUUAAUGUAAUCGAUCUGAGAAGUAGGAAGUCCUUAGUGCCAUAAAUUAAUAUUGCAUUAAAUGAAGAAAAUGUUGAUGCAUGCCGUGUAGCGUUUAAUAAUUGUAAGAUGCCACCACAGUGUUAACUCUGGAACAGACAUUUUGUUGCGAGUAAAACAGAGUGCUUGAGUAAUGAGUGGGCGUAAAAUUUGAGCCGAGUAACUUGGAUACGUUUUUAUUCAACUCAGUGUUAUUUUUAAAUACUAGUGCUAAAUAAUUAUUUUAGAUAUCAUAGACUGCUAAUGUGUGUAAUAAUUUUUUAUGAUUACAAAUAAUUUUAAUUAAAUAUAUAUGUUAAUGUUAUUUUAUAACUGUGCGCAAAUAGACUUCAUGUAUACCUAAUCUGCAAAUAUAUUAAUGGAAGGGAUGGAAUAAAUACAUGAAUUUCACUAAA